UUUUUGUUUCAAAAAUGACAACUACAAAUCAAAGUCAUUCUCAUCCGUUCGGUAAACCUGUCAACAUUUUAAAGUUUGGUGAAGGAAAUAGAAUAAUUGUUGAUAAAGAAGCAUUAGAAAAAUCGUUUCUUCAUCCUGAUGUUAAGAAUCGUAAAAUUGUCGUCUUCUCAAUCAUUGGAGCUUUCCGAAGGGGAAAAAGUUUUUUUCUUGAUUAUUGCUUGCGGUUUUUAUAUGCGAAUUAUUCUUCCAUCGAAAGCCGGAAAAAUGACCCACAAUUUAAUAAAGAUUGGAUUGGUUUGCCUGAAGAACCUCUUAAAGGUUUCACAUGGAGAUCGGGCACAAAACGAGAUACCACGGGAAUCAUCAUGUGGUCAGACAUAUUCCUUCACACCGUCAAAACAACUGGAGAAAAAAUAGCAAUCACUAUAAUGGACACUCAAGGACUUUUUGAUAAUGAAACGUCACCAGCUGAUAAUUCAAGAAUUUUUGCGUUGGGAACUUUAAUCUCGUCAGUUCAAGUUUUGAACCUUGUUGGGAUUAUUCAAGAAGAUCAACUGCAAUAUCUUCAAUUUGCAACAGAAUUUGCAAAAUUUGCUGCACAAGAUAAUCAAGGAAGUUCAGGAAAACCAUUUCAAAAUCUUCUUUUCUUGAUUAGGGAUUGGGGAAACCCCGACGAAUAUGAAUUUGGAACUGAAGGUGGUGCGCAAUAUCUGAAAGAAGUUUUAAAAAUCAAAGCUGAUCAAAAGCCUGAGUUGAAAUCUGUUCGCCAAUUUAUUUCGGUUUCUUUCGACGAAUACAGUUGUUGUUUGAUGCCUUAUCCAGGAAAACAUGUUGCGAGAAAAAAAGAUUACGAUGGACAAUGGAAAUUGAUGGAUGAAGAAUUUAAAGAUGAACUUGUGGUUAUCAUUGAGAAGCUUCUUAAACCAGAAAAUUUGAUAUUGAAGAAAAUCAACAGUAAAGAUUUGAAGGGAUUUGAAGUGAAGGAAUAUAUUCAAUCAUAUUUCACUCUUUUCCAAUCUGACACUUUACCACAAGCUCAAUCAAUUUACGAGUCGACAAUUGACAAACAAAUGAAUAUUCUCAUCAGUAAAUGUUUGGAAUCUUACAAGUUGAAUGCAUUGAAGAAUCAAGAUUUGCUUGAAGAGAAUAAUCUUCACAUUUUCCAUGAGAUGAGUAAAAGUAAAACAUUGAUCAUGUUUUCAGAGGAGAAGAAAAUGGGAAAUGCUGAACAUGCGAGGAAAUAUAAAAUGAAACUUGAAGCAGAAAUGGAGAAAUCGUAUAAUGAAUGGAAAGAUCGAUCAUUGAAGUCAAUCCAACAAUUGAAAGAAGAAAAGAAGAAAACUGAAGAAGCAAUGAAAGAAAAAUUACGUUUAGAACAAGAAGCACUUGAAGCUGAAAGAAUAACACGCGAGAAGCAAGCUGAACUCGAACGUCAAAAGGAACUUCAACUGAUUGAAAAUGAAAAGUAUGAAGCUGAGAAAAAGGCAAUGGAUUCAAGACUCGAAGCUGAAAAAGAAAGAGCUAAAGCGAUAGAAGCCGAAAGAGAAGCUGAAAAAGCUUGGAGACAAGUGCUGGAAGAAAAACUUAAAAAUGAACAAUUGAAAAAUCAAAAACCGCCAAGACGACGAGGUUGUACAAUUUUGUAAUUCUUUUCUACUGUCAACAAUUAUCAGAAUGGAAAAUAAAGUUUAACUAACAUUUUUAUUGAACAUU